AAACUUCUCUGUGAUUUCGGGAUAAGUUUCUUCUGUUUCCGUCAAUUUACGGAAUAUUGUAGAUCUGUUUUGCGAUUAAAACCCUAUCGAUCUUCUCUUCAGACUCUGCGAACCAGUGGAUAUUCGUACGGCCGGCCGCUGCCAUACCCUGCCGGGUUAGACCAUCACAAUCGGCAUCCGUCAAAGCUAAAUACGAUCAAACGCCCCAUAGGUUUUGAGAUACGGAGUUAGAGAUUGGCGCUAUUUUGACGAAAGUGUUGAAUACAAGUCCAAGUACAAGAUGAAACCGGAUCAACCACAUUCAUAUUGUUUGACAAAGGAGCUGAGAAAAUUAUUGCUAAAACUGCAAAAGAACUUGCAGAGAUGCAAGAAGAGAUGUUGAAAUUAGAUGAGAAUACUUUACCAAAAGAGAUUCAAAAAAUAAUUGGCAAUGAAUAUUUGUUCCAACUGCAUCUUGAUGAAUAUAAUUUGAAGUAUGGAAAAGAAAAUUACACGGUCUCAAAAAUUUUGGAGAUGGAAGUUUUACAUAAGCAAAAAGACUCAAGUAAAGUUGAAGAACAUCAGGAAACAAUGGAGGAAAUUGUAAGAAAAUCAAGGAAGGACAAGUACAUAGCCAAUCAAAAAAUAGAAAUAGGAGAAACAUCUGUUCAAAGACCUGAAAGAAUGCCGCUCCAAAUGCUUCAAAAACGUCCAAAAAGUACUAAGCAAAUUGCUACAAAGAAGAAAAAACACUGAACUCUUUUGUAUAUACUACCUUACUCUACAAGUCUUUAUGUAUUUCAUAGUAUUGCUAAUUAUUAUUUUUUUAACUUUACAAGACCAAACUGAAUGUACUGAAUAAAGCUGACAGAUUAGAACAGCGUUACUAUAAAAUGUAAUUAUGUUUCACAA